GGCAGCCGAGAGCGCCGAGGUACCGUGGGAAGACAACAGGGGAGGACGCCCCCUGAAACGGCAGGAGCUGAAACGGAAUGACGCUGAUACCAGUCACGCAAGGCCGCAAUCCAAAACGUGGCGAGGAACCGCUGAAAUUGACGAAGAACACGCAGCCACCAACACAGCCAGACCCGCCUUCCGGGCCAGAAAACUCACAGCAUGCAGGGGUGCAGGGGUGCCAGAGGGAGAGGAACAGAUGGGCGGGGUCACGAGCCGGAAGUCCCUGCCCCCGGAACUGCCUGGAGGUCCCGACCCCAGAAGGAAUUCCGGUUGCUGGGCAACCGGUGCGGGCGCUGCCAGCUGGUUCUGCUCUUGCAGGAGCAAGUUGAGUAUAGUUCCCACCUGCAGCGCUGACAGCCUCCCUUCCCGCCAGUCUCACUGCGUGCCGCUUCUCCUCGCCUCACUAAAUCCUUGCCCUUGGCAUUAUUUGCAUCUCUCCGCCUCCCACGACUUCUUAGUGCCCACCUGGUCGAAAGCCAAGCUCCAGCGCAAGCUAGGCAAUCUGACCCCGGACCCUGCCUCCCGAACUGCAGCCCCAGCCAUGGCCACCUACACCUACACCAGCCGGCCCCGGGCCCUGCCCUGCCAGCGCCGCCGUUAUCGGGACAGCCUGUUGCAGCCACAUGAAGAACCUAUGCGUUAUGGAAACAUAAUGUAUGACAGACGGGUGAUCCGAGGCAACACAUACGCGCUACAGACAGGGCUGCUGCCUGGGCAGCCUGAUCCUGUAGACCUUCAGAGACAGCAGCAGGCUAAGAAGAAGGCUCUUGCCAAAAAACAAGCUCAAGAUCAGUUUAAACCACGGACACCAGAACCUGUAGAAGGGAGGAAGCAUGUGGAUGUGCAGACAGAAUUAUACCUUGAAGAAAUUGCUGACCGAGUAAUAGAAGUUGAUAUGGAAUGCCAAACAGAUGCAUUUCUGGACAGACCACCAACACCACUUUUUAUUCCUGCCAAAACUAACAAAGAUGUGGCCACUGAAAUACUAGAAGGAGAGCUCUUUGACUUUGAUCUUGAAGUUAAACCAAUGUUAGAAGUUUUGGUGGGCAAAACAAUUGAGCAGUCCCUACUGGAAGUGAUGGAAGAAGAAGAGCUGGCCAACCUGCAGGCCCGCCAGUGUGCCUAUGAAGAAAUGCGAAAUGUUGAAUUGGCUGAAGUCCAGCGACUGGAAGAGCAAAAGAGACGACACCAAGAAGAAAAAGAACGUCGUAAGCGGCAGCAGUGGGAUAUAGUACACAAGCAAAAUGAGACAGCACAGAAGGUAGCUGCCUGUGCCUUUGCACAGCGUUACCUGGCUGACCUUCUCCCAUCUGUUUUUAGCAGUCUCAGAGAUAGUGGCUACUUUUAUGAUCCCAUUAAAAGAGAUAUUGAGAUAGGAUUUCUUCCAUGGCUAAUGAAUGAAGUUGAAAAAGCCAUAGAUUACAGCAUAGUAGGAAGAACAGUGCUUGACAUGUUGAUUCGUGAAGUGGUUGAAAAGAGACUGAAUGUUUACAAGCGUAAGGAUACACACCCACCUUCCAAAUGGGAAGAUGGGCCUGAUAUUCCCGGAACAAUGAAAGAUCUCACAGCAAGCUAUGAACCCAACGAGAUAAGCACAUCUCAGGGCCAGAGGCCAUUAGCAGACACAGACUACUUGCAAACAACAUCAAAUGAAAGAGGGCCACCAUCCCAAGAAGAAUUCUUAGGGCAGGAUGAAGAAGCAGAAAGGAGGAGAUCCUUAGAUAUAGAAGAACCAGGAGGAGCAUCGGAGCCAUGAAACUGAUCAACAGCCAGGUAAAUGAUGCAAGAGGCCCACAGGCUAUAGCAAUUGCACUGUAUUUAGUCAACAUGUCUUUUUGUCUAUGGACUGAGUAAAUCAAACGCAGUAAAAUAAUAAAAUUAAUAAAAAUGACACUUUAAUUCAUUUAUUCAAUAUUUAAAGGCUAUAAUUUUAAUUCUAAUGAGAAUUAUUGUCCAGCUUCCCAUUACCACUGUAUAUAACUAGCAAAUACAUUUUACUUAAUUCUCCUAAUUUUGAUGGCACUCAACUGUAGCAUUCACCAGAUAUUUGAUCAUACGUACCUCAUAAAGACACUCAUCAAAGUGGACUUCCAGAACUGUUUCAGAAAGUGGUAAGAUGGGCCAGGGAUUUAGCUCAGUGCCGCUGUGCCUGCCUCAGAAAGUGGCAAGAACAAUGCGAUAAGUAUGUUCAAAAUGAGAAGUAUUAAUAACAAUUUGUCUUUUACUGCAAUAAUUUUUUUUAAUUUAAACAUUUUUAAUUUAAACAUUUUUAAAAUUUAAACCAUGUAUUUUGAACACCUCUUGAAGAUUUGCUGUAAAUAAAAUCAACUCUUCAAGGAACUUUAAAAUUCAGAAUAAAAUAUUUGAAAGAUUAAAAUAACAUUCAAUCAGGGCAGAGAAGGUGAGCCAGUCCCAGCACCUAGAAGGAAGCUCCCCCACUGCCAUCCCAGGCUCCUAGAGCAGAGAAGCUCAG